GCCCCGGGCCCCGACGCGCAGCAGCAGCGGGCCCUCGUGCAGUCCGCCGGUCCCCUCUGGCGGGCGGUGAGCGAGGAGAACAAGAAGGCCCUGCUGAAGAACCUCGGCCGGGCCUUCGUGACCGGCCUGGAGCAGGACAUGGACGGCAAGACCGCCAG